AUGGCCAUCUCCUCACGCCUCGCCCUGUGGGAGCAGAAGGAAAGUGAUAUUCGGGAAGAGGACAAGAGUCCCCCACCAUCCUCGCCUCCACCCCUUUUCUCUGUCAUCCCAGGGGGCUUCAUUAGGCAACUGGUCCGGGAGACCGAGAAAGAGGCCAAGGAAGCGAGAUGCAGAAAGCAGGCAGAGCUUGCCUCUCCAGAACGAGAGACCCCAGACAUUUCCACCAGCCAGCCCAGCAGCAAGUCCAGCAGUGGCACCACGCCUAGAAGUCAGCAGACCCCUCAGGACCACCAGUCGAGCUCUCCUGGGAGUGCCAACAUUCCAGGCUGGGAGAACGAGGGGGCCAGGAGCCCCGAACCCUUGCAGAUGACCAGUGUCAACGGCGAGAAGGCCCUGGAGUCGGGCUCCAGUGGGACUCCAGCCAGAAAGGCCCCGCUCUUCAGGAGGGGUGUGAGGGGGGGCGACGUGCUGCUCAUGGUAGCCAAGCUGGACCCAGACUCAGCCAAGCCAGAGCAGAGGACCCCACCCCCUGACUCCACCCCAUGCAAGACCCCACCCCCACCCACAGACCCUGGAGGGGAAAAGAAAGGGGGAUCCCCAGUGACUCCUUGUAACCCCCAGGCCAGCCCUGAGGAUGGGGCCCCAAAAGCUGAGAAGACCUGGACUGCGGGUCUUGGGGACCCAGGCCGAAGGACUGUGCUACCCACAAAAGGCGACAAGGAUCCAAGCAUGGGGAAGAAGGGGGGCACCAUCCCCCACACCAAAGGGCCGAAAGGGGGUGAGCCCCAGGGCACAGAUAGGCAGGGGACCAGGCCUCAAGCCCCAGAGCUCAGUGAGGAGGGAGGGCGACGGGAGGCAGUGGAGAAAGAGGGAGGGGACCCCUCAAAGCAGGUGGAGAAAGGGAGGGUCUCCAAGGAUGCAGGGAGUGAGGGGAAAAGUGGAGGGUCCCAAAUCCAAGGGAGGAGGUGGGGAGGCUUCCUGGGCAGGAGGAGUAAGUGGGAGGGUCUCCAGGGUAAGAAAGACAGAGCAAGUGAGCUCUCAAGGAAGGCAGAGAAGAGAGAGGGGUCCCCGGCCCAGACUAAGGCAGAGAAGACAGUGAAGACGGGCCCAGCGCAGGGCACAGUGGGGCAUGGGCAGGCUCCCAGGAUGGUUGAGAAAGCAGGUGAGCUUCAGAGCAGGACCAGGGAGGCAGGAGAGCCCCAGGACAAGAAAGAAGAGGUGGGACAGCCUAAGGGGAAGUCUGGGGAGGCAAGUGGAGCUCUGAGUACUGCAGAGAAGGGCGGGAAAACCCCUAAGGAGGUGGGAACGAGUGGGGAGGUGCCAGCAGUUGCUGGGCAGGGGGUCCGGCUGGGAAGCCUGGGACCCAUGGCAGAGGAACCCCGCACAAGGGCAGAUGGCAGGGCAGGGACCCUGGAGAUGGGGCUGGAAGGACGCCACCAGCCCGCCCUGGAGAAGGAUGCAGAAAGGCCUCAGACAGAGAGCCAAGAGGGGUCAGCCCCGCAGGAGGGGAGCCUAGGAGGCCGGAGCGGAAACUCAGACCAGGCUCCCGAGGACAGAUGGUAUGAGGCCGAGAAAGUCUGGCUGGUUCAGAAGGACGGAUUUACUCUUGCAACGGUGCUAAAGCCAGACGAGGGAACAGCAGACCUGCCAGCAGGAAGGGUACGGCUUUGCAUUGAUGCUGACAAAACCAUCACCGAGGUGGAUGAAGAGCAUGUUCAUCGGGCCAACCCCCCGGAGCUGGACCAGGUCGAGGACCUGGCCUCUCUCGUCAGUGUGAAUGAAUCCAGCAUCCUGAACACGCUUCUGCAGCGCUACUGGGCCCAGCUCCUGCACACCUGCACCGGGCCGAAUCUGGUCGUCCUCCAGCCCCCAGGACUUUCGGUGCCCUCUACAGGGAAGGUGCCCGGAGGCCGCCGGGAUGGCCUCCCUGCCCUCAUCAGCUCCCUAGCCCAGCGGGCAUAUUGGGCGCUGCUGAGCCAGCGUAGAGACCAGAGCAUCGUGGCCUUGGGCCGGAGUGGUGCCGGGAAGACCACCUGCUGUGAGCAGGUCCUGGAGUGCCUGGUGGGGAUGGCAGGCAGUGUGGACGGCAGGGUCUCAGUGGAGAAGAUCCGGGCCGCCUUCACCGUCCUCCGGGCCUUUGGCUCCGUGUCCACGGGCCACAGCCGCAGCGCCACCCGCUUUGCCAUGGUGAUGUCCCUGGACUUCAGUGCCACAGGCCGGGUCACGGCGGCUCAGCUGCAGACGAUGCUUUUGGAAAAGAGCCGCGUGGCCCGGCAGCCAGAAGGGGAAGGAAACUUCCAGGUGUUCUCCCAGAUGCUGGCUGGCCUGGACCUGGACCUCAGGACAGAGCUGUGCUUGCACCAGCUGGCAGACUGCAACUCCUUCGGCAUGGGCGUGUGGCCCAAGCUUGAGGACAAACAGAAGGCAGCGAUGGCAUUUGCCCAGCUCCGGGGUGCCAUGGUGACUCUGGGCAUCUCAGAGAGUGAGCAGCGGGCCGUUUGGCGGGUCCUGGCAGCCAUCUACCACCUCGGUGCAGCGGGGGCCUGCAAAGUGGGCCGGAAGCAGUUCAUGCAGUUUGAGUGGGCGAACCACGCAGCUGAGGCUCUGGGCUGUGAGUACGAGGAGCUGAAUAUGGCCACCUUCAAGCACCACCUGCGGCAGAUCAUCGAGCAGGUGACCUCGGGGCGCAGCCGACGGGGCCUCAAGGAUGAGGAGACCAGCUCAGGGCUCAAGAUGACGGGUGUGGAGUGUGUGGAAGGGAUGGCCUCGGGCCUGUACCAAGAGCUCUUUGCCGCUGUGGUCUCACUCAUCAACAGGUCCUUCUCCUCCCACCAUCUCUCCAUGGCCUCCAUCAUGGUGGUGGACCCUCCGGGCUUCCAGAACCCCCGGCACCAGGGCAAGGACCGGGCGGCCACAUUUGAGGAGCUGUGCCACAAUUACGCCCACGAGCGCUUGCAGCUGCUGUUCUACCAGCGAACCUUCGUUUCUACGCUAGAGCGGUACAGAGAGGAAGGUGUUCCUGUGCCGUUCAACCUCCCGGAGUCCUCCCCAGGAACCACCGUGGCUGUCUUGGAUCAGAACCCCUCCCAGGUCCGCCUACCAGCUGGAGAGGGUGCGGAAGAUGCCAGGGGACUGUUCUGGGUCUUGGAUGAGGAGGUCCGGGUAGAGGGCUCCAGCGACAGCACGGUGCUCGAGCGUCUGUUUGCGGCCUUUGAGAAAAAAGGUACUGAGGCCGAAGGGAAUUCUGCCCUGCGCAUCUGUGAGCAGCCCCUCCAGUGCGAGAUUUCCCACCAGCUGGGAUGGGACCCCGUGCGCUACGACCUCACGGGCUGGCUCCACAGGGCCAAGCCCAACCUCUCAGCCCUGGAUGCCCCCCAGGUCCUGCAACAGUCAAAAAGGGAGGAGCUGCGGAUCCUGGUCCAGGCCCGGGCCAAGCUACCUCCCAUGUGCUGGGCCGUGGCGGGCCUGGAGGGCACCUCCCAGCAGGCACUGCAGAGGAACCGCAUAGUGAGAAGGGCGUUCACCAGCAGCCUGGCCGCAGUGAAGAGGAAAGCCCCGUGCUCCCACAUCAAGCUGCAGAUGGAUGCCCUGACUAGCUUGAUCGGACGAUCGCAGCUGCACUUCAUCCACUGCCUGGUGCCAAAUCCUGUGGUGGAAAGUAGGAGCAGGCAGGGGUCUCUGUCACCCCCACAGCCUGUGGGAGACAAGCCCGGGGCAGGGGGGCCCCUGGCCCUGGACAUCCCAGCCCUGAGGGUCCAGCUUGCGGGUUCCCACAUCCUGGAGGCUCUGCGUCUGCACAGGACAGGCUAUGCCGACCACGUGGGGCUCACUCAGUUCCGCCGGCGGUUCCAGGUGCUGGACCCUCCUCUCCUGAAGAAGCUCAUGUCAGCCUCUGAGGGGAUAGACGAGAGGAAGGCUGUGGAGGAACUCUUGAUGACCCUGGAUCUGGAGAAGAAGGCAGUGGCCGUGGGGCACAGCCAAGUGUUCCUCAAGGCGGGUGUGGUCUCCAGGCUUGAGAAGCAGCGGGAGAAGUUGGUGUCUCAGAGCAUCGUUCUCUUCCAGGCGGCUUGCAAAGGCUUCUUGUCUCGCCAGGAAUUCAAGAAGCUGAAGAUCCACCGACUGGCUGCUCAGUGCAUCCAGAAGAACGUGGCUGUAUUCCUGGCAGUCAAGGACUGGCCAUGGUGGCAGCUUCUUGGUUCCCUCAGGCCCCUGCUGAGUGCCACCAUCGGGAAUGAGCAGCUCCGAGCCAAGGAGGAGGAGCUUAUGACACUGAGACGGAAGCUAGAAAAAUCAGAGAAAUUGCGGACUGAACUCCGGCAGAACACAGACCUGCUAGAGAGCAAGAUUGCUGACUUGACCACAGAGCUUGCCGAUGAGCGCUUCAAGGGUGACAUGGCCUGCCAGGUACUGGAGAGUGAGCGGGCAGAGCGGCUACAGGUCUUCCGGGAGGUCCAGGAGCUCAAGAGCAAGUAUGAGCAAGUCCAGAAAAAUCUGGGAGAAGUGGAGAAGCAGUUGGAAGAGGCCCAGCAGAAAAUUCAGUUGAGUGACUUGGAAAGAAAUUCCACAGGAAGAGCAGAAGAGUGGCAAAUGCGUUUUGACUGUGCUCAGAUGGAGAAUGAGUUCCUCAGAAAGCGUCUACAGCAAUGUGAGGAGAGGCUGGACUCAGAGCUGACAUCCAGGAAAGAACUGGAACAGAAGCUCGGGGAGCUGCAAAGUGCUUAUGAGGUAGCCAAGAAGACAGCUCACCAACUGAAGAGGAAGUGCCACUAUCUGACUUGUGACCUGGAGGACACCCGCAUCCUGCUGGAGAACCAGCAAAGUCGCAACCAUGAGCUGGAGAAGAAGCAGAAGAAGUUCGACCAGCAGCUGGCCCAGGCCCUGGGUGAGUGUGUGUUUGAGAAGGGCCUCCGUGAGAAGGUGACCCAGGAGAACACCAGCAUCCGGUGGGAGCUGGGCCAGAUCCAGCAGCAGUUGAAGCAAAAGGAGCAGGAAACCUUGAAGCAGCAGCGGGAGUUGGAGAUGCUGCAGGACCAUCAACGAGAGCUGGUGGGGUCACCCUCUCUCAGGGAAAAUUCCGUUCCUGUCCUGAAGGAGAAGCUCUGGAAGCUGGAAUCCCAUGCCCUUGAGCAACAGAAAGUCCAGAGCCAGCAGGAAAACACCAUCAAGCAGCUGGAGCAGCUCCGUCAGCGGUUUGAGCUGGAGAUCGAACGGAUGAAGCAGAUGCACCAGAAAGACCGUGAGGACCAGGAGGAGGAACUGGAGGAUGUCCGUCAGUCCUGCCAGAAGCGGCUCCGUCAGCUGGAAAUGCAACUGGAACAAGAAUAUGAAGAGAAGCAGAUGGUCCUCCAUGAGAAACAAGAUUUGGAAGGCUUGAUCGGAACCCUCUGUGAUCAGAUUGGCCAUCGGGACUUUGAUGUGGAGAAGCGUCUUCGGAGAGACCUCCGGAGGACGCACGCACUGUUGUCAGAUGUGCAACUCCUUCUAGGCACCAUGGAGGAUGGCAAGACGUCGGUCACCAAGGAGGAGCUGGAGAAAGUACACAGCCAGCUGGAGCAGAGUGAAGCCAAGUGUGAGGAGGCCUUGAAGACCCAGAAGACGCUCACGGCAGACCUGGAGAACAUGCACAGUGAGCUGGAGAGCAUAACCCGGAGCAAGAGCCUGGUGGACGAGCAGCUGCAUCGGCUGCAGUUUGAGAAAGCAGGCCUCCUGAAGCGCAUCGACGAAGACCAGGAUGACCUGAAUGAGCUGAUACAGAAACACAAGGACCUCAUUGCUCAAUCUGCUGCUGACAUUGGGCAGAUCCAAGAACUACAGCUGCAGCUGGAGGAAACCAAGAAGGAGAAGCACAAACUUCAAGAACAACUGCAGGUGGCUCAAAUGCGCAUUGAGUACCUGGAGCAGUCCACCGCGGAUCGAGCCAUCGUCAGCAGGCAAGAGGCCAUCAUCUGUGACCUGGAGAACAAGACGGAGUUCCAGAAAGUGCAGAUUAAAAGAUUUGAGGUUCUGGUGAUCCGGCUUCGGGACAGCCUGAUCAAGAUGGGUGAGGAGCUGUCACAGGCAGCGACGUCCGAGUCCCAGCAGCGGGAGAGCAGCCAGUAUUACCAGCGGCGCCUGGAGGAGCUGAAGGCCGACAUGGAAGAGCUGGUGCACCGGGAGGCGGAGGCCAGCCAGCGGUGCAUGGAGCUGGAGAAGUAUGUGGAGGAGCUGGCGGCAGUGAGGCAGACCCUCCAGACAGACCUGGAGACAUCCAUCCGGCGGAUUGCCGACCUGCAGGCAGCGUUGGAAGAGGUAGCAUCCAGUGACAGUGAUACAGAGAGUGUCCAGACUGCAGUGGAUUGUGGCAGCAGUGGCAGAAAAGAGAUGGAUAACGUCUCCAUCCUCAGCUCCCAGCCAGAGGGCAGUCUGCAGUCCUGGUUGAGCUGUAGUCUGUCACUGGCCACAGACACCAUGAGGACCCCCUCUCAACAGUCAGCUACCAGCGGCCGCAUCCUCAGCCCCAGGGUGACAGAAGAGGCUGGGGAUGCCGAGAGGGUCCCAUCAGCAUCAGCACUGAGCAGAGCCCAGGAUGUCCAUAGCAAGACCUCAGGAGACAAGUCUGUUUCUCUCCACUCUGCCCGCCAGUCAAAGUACUGUCAUUUUGGGGAUGGUGAAGGACUCAGAGUCCAGAGGAUGCCCAUAGAGAGAUUAGAAGCCACGUCUCCUUCCCUGGCUUCUCGGAGUACAGAUUCGUCCUCGCUGUCAAGGGAAAAACUGCCCAGUCCUUCGGCGGCCCUCUCAGAGUUUGUGGAAGGACUUCGGAGGAAGAGGGCCCAGAGAGGGCAGGGGUCCACGCUGGGCCUGGAGGACUGCCCCACCCUCCCCAUUUACCAGACCACUGGGGCUUCCACGCUGAGAAGGGGCAGGGCCAGCAGUGAUGAGGGAGACCUUUCGCUGAGGAUCAGGGCAAAUUCACCCCUGGAGAUGGAAGGGGCCGCUGGGAGAGCCACUGGUCUCCUGCGGUCUGCCAGCCUGAGAUGCAUCUCUUUGGAUGGUGUUGGGGGCACAACCCUGGUUUCUGAGAAGCACAAGACCAGGUUCAGUUCCUGUGAGUCCCUCUUAGAAUCGACACCGAGCUUGGGAAGCAAGCCGAGGUCCCCACCCACGCCCAGGGACAUCCUCUUGUCACCCACACUGCGUCCUCGGAGGCGGUGUCUGGAAUCCUCAGUGGAUGACACAGGCUGUCCAGACCUGGGUAAGGAGCCACUUGUCUUCCAGAACCGCCAGUUCACCCACCUGAUAGAGGAACCUCUGGGCAGUGACCCAUUCCGCUGGAAGCUCCCAAGCCUCAACUAUGAACGCAAGACCAUAGUGGACUUUGAUGACUUCCUUCCAGCCAUCCGGAAGCCUGAGACUCCUAUGUCCUUGGCCGGAGCGGCCAAAGAUGGGCAAGAUGGUUCAAAGCAUCCAAGUGUCCACUUCGAGAUGGAAGAGUCUGACCGUUCCUUUCUCUCAGGGAUCAAGACCAUUUUGAAAAAGAGCCCAGAGUCCAGGGAGGACCCUGCUCACCUGUCUGACUCAUCCUCAUCCUCUAGCUCCAUUGUGUCCUUCAAAAGUGCUGACAGCAUCAAGAGUCAGCCAAGAAUCCCACGACUUGCAGGUGAUGGUGGUGAGCACACGUCCCCUGAGCACAGAGAGCCAGGGGCAGUGAGGAAAGACAAUGGUGUUGAACACAUCAUGAAGAAAUAUCUCCAGAAGUAGGAACCUAUUCAGCCUCCUGAGAUGCACUUGCCCUUGAAGACACAACUAUUUGGAGAGAAAGAAACUGACUAGGCCUCCCCAAGGGUCCUUGGUCCAGAGCCAACCAGCAUAGCCACUCUCAAGAGGCGAGAUGGGUCUGCAGAAGCAUAUUCUGUCGGGGUGCUGGGCUUGCAGCGUGCUUGGUCUGAACAAAAUAAAGUGUUGGCUCUUUGA